AUGAAACAACUCACCGUUCAUCAUCAACCGAUCCAACGAAACGCUGCUGUUCCAUAUAGAUAUAUUUCGAAUGAACAUGAAUAUGAUAUAAAUAAUCAAAGUUCGUUUCUAUCAAAUAAUUCUAAUAUACUGUCAUCUAAUACGCGGUAUCAAAAUGAAGAAUAUACUUCUAAAGAAUUUGAAUUUGAUAUUUCACGCCAACCUGCAAUGAAUGUAAAUUCGACAACUCAAGUUACUUCAAAUACUCGACAUCAAAGUAGAACUCAUACAAGUCUAACAAAUUCAUCUAUUUCAUCCGAGAAUUCUUCAAGAAAACGUGAUAUUGAAGAAUCAGAAAUCAAUUCUCACGUUAUUAAUAAACAUGUUAAAACUGGCGAUAAUGUACAUUAA